AUGUUGACAACUAUAUUUUUAUUAUUAAUAUUAUUAAAAUCGACAAGUUCAACUUUAGUAUUACCAACAAAAUAUACAAAUCAAAUAAUUAUUAAUUAUUUCCCUAAUCAAGAUUGUGGUGGUUCUCCAUACAUUACAGAAUAUUAUGAUACUUGUUCAGUUUCAGGCUUGAUUGCUGUUUAUGAUGAUUAUUAUAUCGAGUACACACAAACUGUUGAUGGCGGAAGUUCUAUAAAUUGCAGUCUGACUGAUCAUUCCGAUGUCAAUGCCACAGUAAAUACCAAGAACUAUGUAAACAUUUGUUUGCCUCAUGACAACAAAUAUAGAUCCAAGAUAGCGAAGAUUGCCAAUUUCAACAGUGAAGCCAUCGAUUUGUCUAAAUCAGGUACAUGUGCUGCAAUGUUUUACUCUGACGACGAGUGCACAAAGAAUUUCGUUGGCUAUACCUUAAAAAAGAAUCUUUGUGUUCAAGAGGAUACAAAUAAGUACGCAUUUUUUAAUUGUACAGAUACGGAGCUAACCAGCUACUCAUGUGAUAGCACAUGCAAGAAUUGCACAAUUAUCGACCAAAACAUACACAAUGCCACUAAAGAAUGUCAAAACAAAUCUAAAUGGAUAUCGAAUGUCUCUAGCGGAGUUUAUCAACAACCACAUUCCUUAAUAAUAACAUCUAUAUGUUUUGUUAUAUUUACUUAUUUAAUGAAUGGUAAUAAAUCUGCGGUGUUGGAGACAACAUUGAAUCAUGGUACUUCUAUUACAUCUACUAGAACUAGUUAUACUUCUACUUCUAAUAUAACGGUUGAAGAGGAAACGGAAAUAAAACAAAAGAUUCAAGAGGUAUCCGGUAGUAAUAUAUCAUUGUUGAGAACUUCAAUGUCAUCGAUCUCCAAAGUCUUGAAAGCAAGUGUAUUCAUUAUCUAUACAGGUGGUACGCUCGGUAUGAAACGUGACCCCAUUCACGGUACACUCCGUCCCGAACCAAACUACAUAGUAGAGCAACUAGAGAUGCUACCAGAGAUGAAAUCACCUGAAAUGCCAUCUUAUAAACUUACAGAGUUUCAUCCACCUAUUGAUAGCUCGGAUAUGGAUCACGAAGAUUGGGUUAAAAUAGCCAAGAUGAUCGAAGAGAACUACUAUGAUUACGAUGGAUUCGUUAUUAUUCAUGGUACCGAUACUAUGGCUUACACUGCAUCGGCACUCUCGUUUAUGUUGGAGAAUCUAGGUAAACCAGUGAUUCUGACGGGUAGCCAGAUUCCGAUUGGCGAUGUUAUAAACGAUGCGAAACGCAAUCUGGUGACGGCGAUAAUGUUUGCCGGUAAAUUCGAUAUUCCCGAGGUCUGUGUAUUCUUUAACAAUCAGCUGCUGCGUGGCAAUCGUUGUCGGAAGAUCGAUUCCUGGAGUUUGGCUGCCUUUGAAUCACCGAAUUGCGACCCUCUCGGUAAGCUCGGUAUGGAUUUCGAUAUCAAUACAAACAUCGUGCUGCGACAACCAAAAGGUCGUUUCCGUGUGCACGAAACGAUGAAUAAGAAUGUGUUGGUUUUGCAUCUCGUACCGGGAUUCUCUGAUGACUGCGUAGAGAACCUGCUGAGAGAACCGCUCGAGGGUUUGAUCAUCCAAUCGUAUGGAAGCGGCAACGCGCCAGCCAAAAAGAAACAUUUCCUCAACUUGAUUGUCGCUGCCGUCAAGCGUGGAGUGGUCGUUGUUGUUACUAGUCAAUGUGUUCACGGCACCGUCAAUCUCAAACACUAUGAAACCGGAAAAACACUGCUCGACGCCGGAGCUGUCAGCGGACACGACAUGACAGUGGAAGCUGCCGCCAGUAAACUUGGAUGGCUGCUCUCGCUCGGCAUCUCCAAAGAACAAGUUCGUCAACUCAUGGAAAUAGAUCUACGAGGUGAACUAACCAUUUCGAAAACCUCAAGUAAAAUAUUAACUUUUAAUCAUCAUUAA